AUGGACGUGCAGUUGAUGGCCAUGCAAUUUAGAUGGCUGUGGGUCAACUGCUUUGUGGUCAAAGCUGUCAAAAUCGUGCUCAACUAUGUCAGCAUGUCCCGGUUCAACGGAUCCAAUGCAUUCGUGGGGUUUUGCAACUUUAGCUCCGUGUCGUACCUGUACCUGGGCGCCGUGGUUGUCAUGCUGCGCACGCCGUACAUUGAAUAUGGCAACUCGGACCGCGCGACGCUGUCGUCGACAUCCACCGAUCUCGACCACAUCCGUGUCGACUUCUACGAAUCGUGGUUUGUGCGAUCGCUCCCAAGCAUGGUGGUCGUGAUGGUCUUGAAUUUGGUCGUUGUGUUGAGUAUCGACCGGUUAAUUAACCGGCAUACGUGGCGCCGCCUCUCGCGGAACUCACUCGGUCGCCAAGUCAUGUUUAACUCGUCGUCGAUUUUAUGUGAAAUGUGCUACUCGUUUUACGAGUUGGACAACUACCCUAACAACCAAGCGGUGGUCGUCAAGACAAGGGCGCUGUGCACGGUCCAGUGGUUUCUCAUGUGCCACAUUGUGUGCUUUGGCCUGCCAGAAGACCCCAAACACGUGCGCGCAAUGCUCACAAAGUCCAUGGGCAGCGGCGGUAGCACCACGUGGGGCGAUCCAGCUCGACCGACGCGACCGGCGGUAAGCCGCGGAUCGCCAAGCGGUCAACAAACCGAUCGCUUGUGGCGGCCGCAGACCUGGCCGCCCUGCAGACCGUGGCCGAGGACAAUGACGGCGGCGGGUACAAGGUCCAUGUGA